AUGCUCUCCAGAAAAAGUAAGGAUAAAUCCAUAAAAGAAGGAGUGGUAGGAAAAUACGUGAAAAAAGAUACUCCACCAGAAAUUCCAAUUAUUAAUGUAUGGACCGCCGAGCAGAACAAAAGCAAACUUGCGAAGGCAAGACGAAGCUCUCAACAAGUGGUUGCUAACGUUGGUCAACCACCAGGAUUACCGCUGACGGCGAAUAGCAGUAACAUUCAAAAUAUGCAAAAGUUUGGCAACUCCAAAGUUUUGGCGAAAGUAGGUGGACUCGGUCAUGAAGGAAAGUAUACGCCCAGCAGUAAUAUACCAAACUUGACGCAUAAGUUUAACAAUGUUAAUCCAAAUGAUCCAUCAAGUGGUCCUGCUUCGAUGAAUGGAAAUUCAAAGCAGCUGUCGUUAAUGAUAGUUAAAAAUACCACGCCCACUAUGGGCAUAGCAGUGCAGAUGAACGAUGCCAGAAACAACAAUAGUCACGGGAAUUAUGUCGAUAUUGAUACAAUUGAUCAAAUUUUGAUGCAGCAAAACGGAAACAUGUAUCGACUACAGCAGCAGCAAAAACAUAAUUUGUUUCAACAAAGGGAACUAGAACAAGAACAUUUGCAGCUACAUCAUCGACAACACCAUGCUCUCCAUGAUCUUCCACAUCAGCAGCAUCCGCAAGUUCAUUAUCAAAAACAACAGCAAAGCAAAGAUCAGCAGGAACUGCAAGAAAAUCACGAGCUCUCGGAGCAACAAGACCAGCUGGAACAGCAACAACAACAGCAAGAGCAACAGCAUCAACAGAAGCAGCAACUUCACCAGGAAUCGAUAUCAUCGCAUAAUCAUCAGCGAUACAUCUCGAAUUUUGAGCGAACACUGUCCUAUAAUCAGCAGCAUCACAAUAGCAAUUUUCGUAAUGGAUUCGAAGGAUAUGGAAAUCUUCUGUGCAAUGGAAACCCGAUAGCCACAUCUGGAGUAUCUGGUAAUGGUUCUACGAACGAUCAAACGAUGUUUAUGCGUCACUAUUCAACGCGACAGACUCCUCAACCGCAACCACCAACCCAACAACUGGCAAAUAAUCCACAAAAACAGACUGUAAACCUUUCAGAUAGCCAGCAACAGGAUCAUCUUUAUCCGAUCUAUGAAAAUCAAUCACAGCUAAUUGCUCGUCCGGAAUCCCCGAUUUACAGCAACACAAAUUCUGGAACCAUUUAUCAGAACUAUAACAGCAACAACUCUUCCCAUCAGUCGCUUUAUUCCAAUGUUUGUAUUGGCGGACAGUCAGCGGGUGAAACUGGUGGUUCGAAUAGCCCGGGUUUGCAACAUUCGCAAGCAAUGCAAGUGUCGACUCAACAGCCGCUAUAUUCGAACAUGAUAAUCGGUAGCAGCAAAGGUAAUGGCGUGUCAUAUGGAGAAGUUCUGUUACGCAACGCUCGGCAUGGGACUGGAAACACUAUAGCAACUCAGCGUGGCAUAACCCAAGGUUCAUCUGGUCAGCAAGCCGAUGGAGAUAGUGGUGAUGAAGAACUAAUGCUUCCACCUGGUUGGUCUGUUGAUUAUACGUUAAGGGGAAGAAAGUAUUAUAUUGACCAUAACACAAAAACGACCCACUGGGCGCACCCUCUAGACAGAAAGGCAUUGCCUACAGGUUGGCAAAGAAUAGAAUCAGCUAGAUAUGGGACGUAUUUUAACUAUAUAACUGGGCAACCCGAGCAAACACUACCAUAUCUAGCCUCAUGCUAUUUAACACAAGUUCCAACGGUAGAGAUUGCGCGACCGAUUAUGCCCCAUUUUUCGCGCCACAGUGCCUUAGUACCAGCGAAUCCCUACAACACCGAAAAGGUCCCAGAAUGGUUGUUUCUGUACGCAAAAUCCUCAUCGGAAAAAGAUCAUAUUAUUAAGUGGGAUAUGUUUCAACUACAACAGUUAGAAGAUUUCCUAGGUAUGAUGAAAAAGUUAUACCGGCAAGAAUGUAAUAUUAUCGUUGCAAAGUACGAAGUGAUAAGGAUACAAAUUCACUCUCGAAUGCAAGAGCUUCGUCGGAUGUAAUCAAAUAGGUUGGAGCCUGUGUAUGCCUAAACAUUGUGAUAUGAAACAGUUCCUUCGUCGAAGAUUUACAUGAACUAAGGCAUUAUCAUUUCUAUCUUUCAUCUAGAGAAACUCAGGUACCGAAUCAUCACAAGACUCCUUCAAGUUCACUGACUUCGUUCGGCCGGGUCAGUGUCUUGAAAACCGAUCUUCCUUUAGUA